GAAGUCACUAAUAGUAAAUAAACCAGAAUCUCCUCUGUGAACUACGUUGAUUCUUAAAGCAUUUCCCACAGCUCCCGAAUUUUUUAAUUCUUGCUAUUGCCUUGACCCAAGGAAAAGGAAAUAUGUCUAUCGUUAUUGACAAGAUCCUUGCUGCUUCCCCAGACACUCAACGUGGUCGUCCCUCACAGCUCAGUUGUGAUCCAAAGGGGGAGCGUAUUGCUUAUGCCGUGCGUAUAUAUUUUAGAAUUCACAAUAUGCAGUUGCUGACUUUUUGUAUAUAGUCCGGCAAAUCUGUCUUCGUUCGUAAUAUCGAUGACCCUUCGUUAAGUAAACAGUACAUAUCUCACACAACCCAAACUACCGUUGCUCGAUUUUCUCCUUCCGGUUACUACAUAGCCAGUGGUGAUGUCUCUGGAACUGUUAAAGUCUGGGACUCUAUAGAAGGUGUUAACACCAAGGGAGAUUAUCAUAUUAUAAAUGGCAGAAUUAAUGAUAUUGCAUGGGAUGGGGACUCUCAACGUAUAAUUGCGGUAGGAGAUGGGCGGGAGCGAUAUGGGGCUUGCAUAACUGCGGAUAGUGGAAAUACUGUGGGGGAGAUUGUUGGGCAUACUGCGGUUAUCAACUCGGUCGCAAUUCGCCAACAAAGACCCCUCAGAGCUGCUACUGGUUCCGAUGAUCUUAGCAUGGUGUUCCUUCAUGGGGCACCUUUUAAAUUCAAUGCUAAGCUGGGAGAGCUCCAUAAAGGCUACAUUUACGGGGUAGGAUUUUCGCCGGACGGAAACCAUCUGGUAAGUGUUGGAGCGGAUCGCAAAAUUCAAUUAUAUGACGGAAAGACCGGUGAUGCGAAAGCAAACUUUGGAGAGGGAGAACAUAAGGGGAGCAUAUUCAGUGUCUCGUGGGCGAAAGACUCAAAGAGACUAGUCACAGCGAGCGCUGAUCAAACGGUCAAAUUAUGGGAUGUCGAAGCUGGUAAGGCGGUUCAAACUUGGAGAUUCGGUGAAGAAGGAAAUGUUAGCAUUCCAGAUCACCAGGUUGGUGUCGUAUGGCCUUCUCGCAGUGAUGGAAUGAUUAUCAGUUUGAAUUUAGCUGGGGAUCUUAACUAUCUGGCUGAAGGAACGGAUAGACCAACCAAAAUUGUCCAAGGACACGGUAAAGCUAUUACAGCUAUUGGAUCAAGUCAUACGGAGAAGGGUCAAACAUUAUGGACAGGUAGUUUUGAUGGUCGAGUCUGUUCUUGGGAUGUCGGUACUGGUAUCGGCUCUGCUACCGAAGGCUCCUCGCAUACCAAUCAAGUAUCGAGCUGGGCUAGCGCUGGAGACAAAUCGUAUAGUGUUGCCUGGGACGAUACUUUACGAACUAUCGAUGUCCCAGGAAACACUUUCAUCGGGGAGGCAGCUAAAUUGAACGGACAGCCCAAAGGAGUAGCAGCUGGGGGUGAUGAUAGAUUAUAUGUUGCUACCACCAACGGUAUCGAUAUCUUCUCUCAAGGUACCCUCGUAAAUACGGUUGCAACCAAGGACUUUACUCCAACAUCUAUUACAGCAAACGGGAACAGUGUAGCGGUGGGAGAUGAGGGCAAUGUUGUACACAUCUACACGGUUGAUGGAAACAAUUUGUCUCCCAAAACAAAACUUACCAAAUCUCUAGCGCAAAUCUCCGCAUUGGAAUUUUCGCCUAGUGGAGAUCUUCUUGCAGCAGGAAACUCGUCAGGAAAAAUUCAUGUUUAUGAUACAACAAGUUGGGAAAUCAAGACGGAUAGAUGGGGCGGUCAUACGGCAAGAAUAACCAGCAUUGGUAAGUCUGUUACUUUUCUUUUUGGAUGUCUUACCCAACCCUAAAAUAUCCUUGACGCCUUUUUCGAUUUCCAAGCGCAUAACUAAUGUUUCUCUACAGAUUGGAGUCAAGCCGGAACUCAUGCCGUGAGUGGUAGUCUCGAUACCAACAUCUUCGUUUGGAGUCUUGCGUCACCAGGAAAGAGAGUCAAAGCUCCCAAUGCGCAUAAGGAUGGGGUUACUGGUGUUCGUUGGGUCGAUGGUGGAAAGAAGGUCGCUUCCGUUGGUGGGGAUGCUGCUUUGAAGGUUUGGGAUGUUGCCGGAUUAUCUUGAAGCGAAAUAUGUGUUUAGAACACGUGCGAUGUGCUUAUGCAUAUUAUUUCCUCUCGCGGUAUUGAAGAUUUUAGCGCAGUAAGAUAUCAAGUGAAAAGCAUUUACUAAGGGCUAAAUAAAUAUAGA